CUGAGCGUCCUCCCCCGCGGGCCGGGGGGAGCGGGGCUGGGCCAGCCCCUGCGCCUGCCGCGCCAUGGAGCGGAGCUGCGCCGGGCGGGAGCCGCAGCCCCGGCCCCAGCCCCAGCCCCUCGGCAAGCCACCAUCCCCGAUGGGAGACAGCGUCCCCCCGCCCUCCACACUGUCCCCUUCACCWAGGGGUGCCCUGCAGGGAGAGCGGAGCCCCCUGCAGCGUGACCAGCCCUGCCCUCCAGAUGUCAUUCCCACGGAAAAGACCGUCCCACCCAUCCCUGCGGCCGUCACCCUCUCUGAAAAGACCGUUCCACCCGUCCCUGCAGCCGUGUCCCCCUCCCCACAGCCUGUCUGCCCCCCGGCCAUGAUGCUCCCCUCUGAGAGCAGCCCCCCGCAGCGUGACCGACCCGUCCCUCCAGCCAUGGCACCGUCAGGACAGCCCGUGUCCCCCAGCCUCGUCACUUUGGCCCCCUCGGCACAGAGUGUCCCCCCACGGUGUGACAGUUCACCCCCCGGACCCCCCAAGCCCCCUGGGACGGAGCAUCCCAAAGAAGAGCCACUGCCCCAYGCCACUGGCCAGCCCGUCCCCGUCCAUGCCACUGCCCCUCGCCCGGCGGAGACACUGCCCCACGGGAGCCAGCCCCCAGCCCCAGCUGCUGCAGAAGGGGCCCCUCCCGAUGCCAAGAGCUCCCUGGGUGCCACAGCCGGGCCCUCCAAGGACGUGAGCCCACGGAGCAGCCGGCCCUCGCCAUCUCCUGCCGCCAGCCCCCGGCCCAAGCAGGAUGCUCAGAAAGCCCAGGCAAGGCACAAGCAGGCAAAGGAGCGGCGUGAGGAACGGGCCAAGUACCUGG